AUGACCAAGCACAACUUGCCAGUGCCUCAAAGGGCUUGGGCUACUUUGGUUUCUGAUCCUGCGGACGAGUUGAAAAAGACUGCCUUUAGGCCCUCGGAUGAAAUAAGCCCGGGCUUCGCGGUCAACACAUUGAUCGGUAACGAUGCCGCGCUGGCCAAAAUUACAAGGCGUAUCAACAGACAUUUCUCUCCGGCGGAGGAAUUCCGACUAAAGGAUGUGAUCUGUGGCAGUGGGGUAAUUCCAUUACUGCAUACCUUGAUGUAUACGCUUCUCGAUGAGUAUUAUGGUGUCAAUCUUCCUAUUCCAGGUUAUACGUGGCUGUCUCAUGCUAUCGAGAAGCAAAAUUUAGUACACGGUGCCUUUGCCGACACAGAACAACUACCUGAUCAGUUCAGCUCAACAUGUCUCGCCUCACAACCCUCUAGGUAG